GUCAAGCGUGCAACAGACUGUUUAAAUCUUAUUUUUGGCGUGUUAAAUUUCUUUGAAUAUCUCAAAAAUUUUCAAUGUAUCUUAAAUAACUAUAAUGUAUAUAACUAUUAAAAAAAUUAGAUUAAAAGAUUCUUUUCGAACACUAAAAUAAAUAAGAGUAUAUCAAUAUGGUAGAAUUUUCAAAAAAUAUAUGUGUCUAGACUAGUUUUCAUGUUUGAAAAGAAAGCCCAAAACUAUAUUCCUUGAGCCCAGAACAAGGUACUAAUAUUUGGGCCAGAUUUUUGUUAAUGGACUGAGCCCAAUAGAAUAUUCCUGAAAGAAGUACCCUAACCCUAGAUAGAUACCCAAACAUCCCUAAGUAGCACGUGACAAGCAGCUGACUCGAAAGAGGCAGAAUAGAGCGCCGCAAUGACUCUUGAAAUCGCAAAAAAUACAAAUUCUCAAACCACAGCCGUUCGAUUUACUGCCACAUCAGCAAUCCGCGUGAAUGCUUGUUUCUACGGCUGAGAUCACAGGACGCAGAGCUACUGGUAGAGCGAACGAAGAAGCUUCUUUCUCUCUUGCUUCUCUAUCUUCUGUGCUUUGAUUUUCCCUGUGAAAUUCAAAAUUUGGUCUGCAAAAUUCUUGCUAGGGUUUGAAGAUGAAGAUUACCGAGGAAGUUGUUGACGAAAACGUAGUUCUUUAUGAUGAUGAGGAUGAUGUCACGGCUGACAGCAUAUUAUCAACUGACGAAGACAUUAGUCCCGAUGAGGAGGAGGACGAUGACGACGAUGUGGACGAGGACGAGGACGAGGAUGACGACGACGACGAUGAUGAUGAGGAUGAAGAUGACGACGAUGACGAUGUUCAGGAGGUUGUACAAUCCUCCGGUGGUCCUCCGGUUCACUCAGUAGAUGACGAUGAAGACGAUGAUGAUGACGAUGAGGACGACGAUGAAGAUGAUGAUGGUGAAGGUGAUGGAGACGAUGAUGACGAUGACGGAAGCGACGACGAUGAUGAAGAAGAAGUCGACCCCGAAGAGGAUAUGGGUACUGAGUACCUUGUGCGGCCAGUGGGACGUGCAGAGGAUGAGGAAGAUGCAAGUGAUUUUGAACCAGAAGAGAAUGGAGAAGAAGAAGGUGAGGAGGAAGUUGAGGAGGAAGAUGAAGACGAUGAUGGUGGUAGCGGGAAAGUGGAGGCACCACCAAAGAGAAAGAGAUCGGACAAAGAUGAUUCCGACGAUGAUGACGACAAUGAUGAUGGCGGAGAGGAUGAUGAGAGACCAUCCAAGCGAUAGUGGUUGGCCUCUUAUUGGUAUGAGGAUAGGACUGACCGUUGAUAAAUAGGUCACUCUCUCAUUCUCUCUCUCUCUCUCACUCACUUUUCUCUCCAUUAUGUCUCUAUCUUAAACUUGUCUCCUCUUUGUAGAAAGAAGGAUAGGUAGGAAGGGUGCUGCCUAAAAAUCUGUUUAUCUUUUUUUAAAACCUCAAAUCAAAUCAUGUACUACCAUGAAGCAAUAUAAUUAGGAUUAUAAGUUUUUUUUUUCUUCUUUUUAAUCUUCUAAUGAAUCUAGUCAAUUGGGUGGUGGUGGUGGGGGUUGAUUAUCCCAUUUGAAGAGGGUUGUUUUAGGAUUUUGUGCAAGUUUAAACAAGUUAGAAAAGUCUAGUCUGUUGGAUAUUAUUUAUUUCAAGUUCUUUAGGUAGAUGAUCCUUUUUAUGUCCUUUUUUUUGUUUUUUGUUUUUUUGGCUGGUUUAAACUAUCAAUGGUUAAUUGGAUGUCAUGAUUUUGUAUAAUAAUGAUGGUCAUUUAUAAUUAUCAUCUUUAAUUUUCAA